AGCUCCACCAACGACACCGUCGGCCGAGAUGGAGAACUUUAACUCGAACAGGCGCCACAGUAUGUGAUAUGCUCCGGAACACUUCCGACUUUGUAAUUCUUCCGUGAGUGUGCUGCCCUAAACACCAAAGCCACCAGCAAUAGCAGCCAACAUCGACAGUACUGUCCUCUCUUUCUUCAUCACAUUCUUCAGUGAACAUCCCAUAAUUCUCAACUCCGGAGGACUUUACGACUGGAGUUGUAUUAGAUCCUCGUUUUCUCGUGAAAAUGGCUGAGGAGGAGCACCCGGAAGUGCUACCCGAGGUGAAGGAAGAAGCGGCGCCUGGGGAGAUUCAUCCAUUUGAUCCUACGAAGAAAAAGAAGAAGAAGAAAGUACGAGUGGCCGAGGAGGAAGAUCUAGAGGCUGUCGACAAAGUUACAGAGAAGGUCGACAGCCUAGCUCUGACUUCCACAGCCGGAGAUGGUAUUGAUUCGUCUUUCGCGGGAAUGAAGAAGAAGAAGAAGAAGAAACCUGUGGAAGGCGAAUUUGAAGAAGAAAAUGGAGAGACGAUUGCUGAAGUUAACGGAGGGGAGGCCGCCGAGGACGAGGAUGAAGAGGAAGAAGCAGAGGGCAUUGUUCUGGAGGCCCGAUUUCCUUGGGAGGGUACCGAUCGGGACUACAAGUAUGAAGAGCUUCUAGGGAGAGUUUUCAAUAUUUUACGUGAAAACAAUCCAGAGCUCGCUGGAGAGAAGAGACGAACUAUAAUGAGACCACCUCAAGUGCUUAGAGAGGGUACAAAGAAGACUGUGUUCGUGAACUUCAUGGACCUUUGCAAGACGAUGCAUCGACAACCCGAGCACGUUAUGGCUUUCCUUCUUGCUGAACUCGGUACAAGUGGCUCUCUCGAUGGACAGCAGCGGCUGGUCGUGAAGGGGCGUUUUGCUCCUAAGAAUUUUGAGGGUAUUCUACGUCGAUAUGUCAAUGAGUACGUGAUGUGCAACGGAUGCAAGAGUCCCGAUACAAUUCUGUCAAAAGAGAAUCGGUUGUUCUUUCUUCGGUGUGAACAAUGUGGAUGCUCACGAUCGGUGGCCCAGAUUAAAGCUGGAUUCGUGGCUAGAGUUGGGCGUCGGAAAACCACGACUUAGAGCUGCUUUCCGUUCCAGUUAGGUUAGCAGGCGUCUUUCUUGAGGAGGGUGUAUGAAGACGCAGAAAUCUUUCUAUCAGAUUAGAGUUUUUGUCUAUCAUAGCAUGUUGAAAGGUUCGCAUUGGUGGCUGUAUGCCGAUUUGUGUACGCUGUUGUUACUGUGCUAAGUGGCUCUACUAGUGAAGACUUGUGCAAAUAUUCUCGUCUUUGAGGUAUGUGUUGGACUUUCUCAUGGACUUUAUCACGUGUUGGACUUUCUGAAUCGGCAUAGUGAGGUUGUACUUGAAGGACAAGUGACUUCUAUAUAGUCUAGAUUAGUGGACGAAAGUAAUUAAGAGCCUCUACAGCUAAAUUUUUCAAUCCAAAAUUUCUGCCGGCGUUUAGAUUCGUGAUGCCAUGAGUAGUAUGGUGUCUAUCUCGCAAGACGAUAUUUGAAUCCUGAGCUAGCUAGAAAAGGCAUCCGAAUUUCUUCGUGCUUGUAGCAAUCCCUUUUUAUUUUAUCGCGAGCCGUGUUUUCUCCACUAAUUGUAAACUGAGGUUUGCUCUGAGUUUCACUUAUAGCACUUUGGUGGUAAACAGUCUAGGCUUUUCGAAGUGAGGAUGAAACGAGAAGAGAUUAAUUGUGGAGCUAGUUAGGUACUAUACAAGUUUGCAGGUCCCUGUGUUUUCUUUCUCUAAGCCCGUAAGGUCGUAGUCAAAGUCUGUACACAAACGAGGGGAUUUGGUCUCGAUGGAGAGGACGUUUGAGGUCUUCAAUUCAUGUCGAUUACAUCAGAUACUUUUGUCGACAUCUCUUGAACACCAUGGAGGAUCAGAUAGAGUUAAUAUUUUUUUGUCAUGAAUUAAUGUACACGCAACCACUUCGAUAUCUCGAACCAGCUAGCAUCAAGCACUUUGUCGAUUUAUUGCUUGAUACUGUUGUGGUAAAGCUUUUCACUUGGGUAUCUCGCAGAAGCCAGCAUCAAGCACUUUGUCAACUUAUUGCAUGGGAUUGUUUUGUAAAGCUUCUCGGGUGGGAGGAUCAGACGGAUGAAUGAAGAAGUUUCUUUUUUGGUUGACUUUCCAGAGAGCAAUUAGAAUGGUCAUGCCAUUGGGUCCGAGUAUGAAAAGCAAUAUACAAAAUAAAUUGGUUUUAUUUUCUUGCAUUUAUCUACCGUAUUACAAAUUUCGUCGUCGCAAUGUUGAUGCAUCAACACCUUGGCAUGUUGUGAAAACUUGCGGACUGAACGCUUUGAAGGGACGAUAUCUUUGAAGUUUCGUAGAAGUAUGUUUAUUGGGCGCAUAUCUUUGAAGUCUUGCGAGUACAGAAAUUCGAAAUCGAAAAUCAGUCACGUGUGCUUGUUUUGUCCCGGCCAUUGGCUUGUUCUUUCGUUCUGUUUUCUAAUAUUCUCGCGCUUAGAGGAACUGUAUAGUUACUCCAGCUAAUAGCUCUGAAGAGAGAUGACCAAACUGAGGCGUUGUAGAACGUGUAGAUGGGAUUGGAAGGCUGAAAUAAAAAACUUCUG